AUGUCCAUCCCGGGGAACGGCCACCUCCCCGCCGCCGCCUCCACCGGCCUGCCGGACCACUCCUCCGCCUCCGCCUCAGACUCCGAGGCCGAGGGAGACGCCGCCGACUACCUCCCCAUCUCCGGCGCCGCCUCGGACUCAGACACCGACAGCGACGCCGACCCGGAUCUCGCAUCUCGCCGCCGCCUCGACGCGAUCGACAACGGCGUCUCCGAGCUGGAUCUCGCCUCCGACGACGACGAAGGAGAAGAAAGAGGCGAGGAGGCGACGGAGGCAGCGGCCUCCUUGGACGACGAGCGCCGGCGGCGCGCCCAGCUGCCGGUGGGCGCCGCGGCCCGGAUCGUGGACGCGAUGCGCGGCGUGGCGUUCCCCGGCGCGCCACCGCCGUGGGCCGGCAGCGUCCCCGACGAGCAGUGGCUCGAGCGCCUCCGCUCCCUCCGCGCUAGGCAGAGCAGAUGAGCUGAGCUCCCGACCCACAGAUCGGUCGUGAGGUUGUGAUCUGCCUUUGCUGAAGCAACAUUACUCCUCUGUCGCCAUAGAUCCAGCAGGAUUGCAUCUCGCCGCUUCAGAAAUGAAAUUCGUGUGGGGAGGAUCAUCAUCACAGAUAAGAUCGGUGAUCGACACUGGAUGCUGUUCUUGUGUAUGGUAUGGAUUUUAUGGAGGUUCGAUUUUUACUCGUAUUUUCAGAGCGUGCUUGUCUUGAUUGCGGAGAAAUCCGACUAUUUGCUCAUAAUGUUUGUCGAGAGUACUGUCGGCAUGAAUCUCGAAGAUAUCUGCACGGCCAGAAAGGCGAUCCAAGGCUUUUUGAAAUUUUCUGUUUCAGUUGUAUGAAAUCAGCAAACGCUAGUUUGUUUGUGCCCUAUUUUGCCAGUAGAAAUGAUAUCCCAGAACCA